AUGAAAGUUGUUGGGUGUGUUGAUUACCAGGCGGAAUACCCUGAGACGCUUUCGUUUAGGAAAGGUGAUGAGAUCACGGUACGUACUGUUAACUCUGAUGGAGUAUGGAGUGGCAAUUUGAAUGGCACAUUUGGACUCUUUCAUGUCUCUUUAGCGACUUUUGCAGACCCUCCUCUUUUCCAAGCACGAGUUAUUGAAAAGUACCAACCACCAAAUGUUGAGUGUUUGUGGGUAUUUGAAGGGGAUGUUGUAACUGUAUAUGACAUAACAGAUGAUGGAUGGUCUUAUUGUUCAAGAGGGUUUUAUUAUGGAUAUGUCCCCACUAAUUUACUACAGAAAAUAGUGAAAGAGCCACAGAAGAAGCCCAAAGUAACUCGAGCAAAUAUGAUGACAUUAGCUUACCAACAACCAACGAUUUUACCAUGUCGAUGUAUUGCACGAUACGACUACAUCAAAAACAGCGAGAAGGAAAUUUCAUUUUUGGAAGACGACGAGAUGAUCUGUUUUUCUGGCGACUCGAAGUGGGUGUACGUUCGUCACCAAUUUAAUGGGUGGGGGUACAUCCCUUCAAGUUAUGUUAUCUUUGAGAAGUACAUGUAUGACGACCAAGUUGAGAGUUAUGGGAUAGUGUUAUAUGACUAUGUUGAUGACUCACGAUUCCACUUAUGUGCCAAAACUGGAGAUAUAGUAUAUGUUGAAAGGGUAUUAGGUUCAUGGGCGAUCUGUAAAAUAGAGUUUGAGAAGAAUGAUUAUCGGAAAUUUAUCUUUCCAUUUUCAUAUCUCACGUGGCUCAAUGAAGAUGAUUUUAAGAUUGAGGAAAGCACUGGAUUUAUUAUGAAAGAUUUUGAACCAAAUGGGAAUGGAGAGUUAUCUGUAACUAACAACCAAUUUGUUGUGAUUUUAUUACAACGAGAGAAGUGGAGUUUAGUGAAAAUUAUCGACCAAAAGAGUUACAAAGUUGAUGAGAACAAAGAGGAGACUUUAUGUGAAAGAGUUGGAUAUGUCCCUACAAAGUACAUUAGUGAAGUUGAAGAUGGCGAAGAAAUAGUUGUGAUCACUAAAACGCAGAAGAACACAAACAAUUAUGAAUUUGUCGAACAUGACUUCUGGAAAAUAGCACAGAAACAAGACAAUACACUUCAAUUGAAACGAGGAGACGUCAUUCAAGACGCAGAACUCUCAUUUUGUGCUAUCAAUAAAUUCUCAAAGCCGAAACGAAAAGAUUACUUGGAGGCAAUGGAACGCCUCCGCACAGAGACAAAAACACGAGAAGAAAAUCGAACAAAAAAAGACACCGAAGAAAAACAACUCCGAGAGGAAAAGUUUAAAGAGAAGAAAAAAGUGGAGCAACGCGAGUUCAUUCGAAAGGCCUUUGGCAGGAAAAAUUACCAAAAUUACAAACGUUCCAGUUGCGACGACUUGCGUUCAAAUUUGGAACAAAUGAAAUUGAUCGGAGAGGAGUCACAGAAGUCUUCAGACUGUUUGCAGUAUACCAAGAAGGAAACUUCGUUAUCUCCGCAAAUACAAGACACAAGUAAACAAGAGUUUGAAAGGAAGAGUAGCGGAGAAACCAGUCCAGCAGUGACAGUCGACUUCAACCAAACUUUAGCUGAAAAGGUAGAACAAGAAAUAUUAAUCGAACCAAUCCAGCACAAACCUACUCCAGUGAUGCGAAUGAGUAUAUUUGAUACCAAAAAAAGAGGGACCUUUGGGAAGAAAGUAACACCUCAUGUCGAUGAACCAAUGCUAAAAGCACUUUCUGGUGCUCAAACUAUUCCUCAACAAGACAUCCCAGUGGCCAAACCAAUUGCCAAACAAUGGAAAGCGACAGCUCCUUCAACUCUUAAUGAGGGUAAAGAGAAAACAGCGAACACUCCAAGUCCUACUCAGUUCACAAAUCAGCUUGAAAAAGUAGUCGAAGUCUCAGAACAAGUGCUUGUGAGUCGAAAAGUGUUUGAUGACUUAAUCGCGCAAAAUGAGGAACUUAAACAACGUGUUCUUGACAUGGAGAAUUCACAGAAGAGUCUUCUUCAACUUGUUGAUGACUUAAAAAAGGAAGUUCAGAAGAUGGAAGGCAGCAAAGAGUGA